AUGGGAUCUAACGACUCAACUGAUCAUGGGUCCAAGUUCAUCUUGACGGCGGAUGCCCUUGACAAGGCUCUGCCCGAUAUGAGCAUGGCCACAAGAGCAGUCCACGCCGAUGACUUUGUCAGUCCACACCGCGCCAUUGCUCCCGCAAUGCACGUUGCGGUCAAUUUUCGUUAUGCGAGAGAUCCCGAGGACCUAGUUCCAGAGGAGAACAAAGAUCCUAAUAACCCUCAUGAUUCGCAUGUGUACUCCCGCUACACCGCGCCCAAUUCUAAUCGACUAGAAGUCUUGCUUCGCAAUAUCAUGGGCGGUGAAGUCAUCACCUACUCGACAGGACUCUCAGCUUUCCAUGCUAUGUUCAUCCUCCUCAAUCCAAAGAGAAUCUUCAUUGAGGAUGGAUAUCACGGAUGUCAUGGUGUUCUCGAUAUUAUGCAGAGGUUGACUGGGGUUCAGAAACUUGAUCUGUCGCAACUGGACCAAGCGGAGCCAGGUGAUAUUGUACACGUGGAGACACCCCUGAACCCAACUGGUGAAGCCAGGAAUCUUGCAUAUUACCGUGAGAAAGCCACCGAAAAAGGUGCUUAUCUGACUGUCGACGCUACCUUUGCGCCUCCUCCACUUCAGAAUCCUUUGGAUCUUGGAGCAGACAUUGUUAUGCACAGUGGCACUAAGUAUGUUGGCGGCCAUUCGGAUAUGCUUUGUGGUCUCUUGAUCAUUCACCCUGACCGGGUGGAGAAAGAUGGAUGGUUGAAAAAGCUACACAAAGAUCGCCAAUAUAUAGGCAGUGUUAUGGGAAGCUUUGAAGGAUGGCUCGGCAUCCGAUCCGCUCGCACUAUGUACCUUCGGGUCUCCAAGCAGUCGCAGACGGCAGAGAGGCUGGCUGCAUGGCUGCAUGACCAGCUCAAAGACCAAAAAAGUCAUGUCAGCCAAGCUAUAGAACAGGUUAAGCAUGCCUCUCUCCAGGCAGAUGACUUGAAAGAUGGCUGGCUUCGAAAGCAAAUGCCUGGAGGCUUUGGACCCGUGUUCUCGAUCUGGGCCAAGAACGCGGCUUUUGCCCGACAACUCCCAAGCCGUAUGUUUAUUUUCCAACAUGCGACGAGUCUGGGUGGUGUUGAAAGUUUAAUGGAAUGGAGGGCAAUGAGCGAUGCAUCGUGCGACGCCAAAUUGUUGAGAAUCAGUUGCGGUAUUGAGGAGUUUGAGGAUUUGCAGGCCGACAUACUGCAGGGAAUCCAGUCCCUUUUGCACACUUGUCACUCAUAG